AUGGCUACGGUCAGCUGUCUGCUGUCUGAAGAUCAGUUUCUGUGCUCCAUCUGUCUGGAUGUGUUCACUGAUCCCGUCAGCACACCGUGUGGACACAACUUCUGCAAAAACUGCAUCACUGAACACUGGAAUGUGAAUCACAGGUUCAUGUGCCCUUUGUGUAAUGAGACUUUUACCAAAAGACCUGAUUUAAGGGUCAACACGUUGUUCUCUGAGAUGGUUGGUCGAUUCAGACAGUCAGCUCUGCAGGAAGCCAGCAGUAGUAGCUCAGAGCAACAGAAAAAGGUCAGGCUGGAGACCGAAAUUCAGCAGAUGAUCCAGAAGAGACGGCUGAAGAUUCAGGAGAUCAGACAUCAGAUAUCAGAAGGAGUUCAGGUCUUCACUGCUCUGAAGGAGUCUGUUGAGAGAGGCCAAGCCAAUCUCAUUGAAAUGAUCAAAGAAAAGCAGAAAAGAACUGAAAAACAGGCCGAAGGCUUCAUCAAAGAGCUGGAUCAGGAAAUCUCUGAUGUCCAGUCUCGAAACACCCACCACCCAACACCCACCAAGGACUGGACAGAGGUCAGCAUCCGUCCAUCAUAUGAGGGGACUGUGGUGAGAGCUGUGGCUCAGCUGGAGGAGACACUCAGAGACAUGAAGAAACUGCUCCCUGAUUUUGAGCUGAAGAGAGUCCAGCAGUUUGCAGUGGAUGUGACUCUUGAUCCUGAUACAGCACAUCCUGCUCUCACCCUGUCUGGUGAUGGCAAACAAGUGAGUCAUGGUAAGGUGAAGAAGAAUCUGCCAAACAACCAAGAGAGAUUUGAGUUCCUACUCCGUGUUUUAGGAAUACCAGGUUUCUCUUCAGGCAGAUUUUACUACGAAGUUCAAGUUAACAGAAAGACUGACUGGGACUUUGGAGUAGCCAGAGAGUCGAUCAAUAGGAAAGGGAAAAUUGAACUGAGCCCUGAGAAUGGUUUCUGGACUAUGGGCCUGAGAAAUAGGAAAGAGUACAAAGCUCUUGCAAACCCUGGAGUUAGUCUCUCUCUGAAGUCUCCUCCUCAGAAGGUGGGGAUGUUUGUGGAUUAUGAGGAGGGUCUGAUCUCCUUCUAUGACGUAGAUGCUGCAGCUCUUAUCUACUCCUUUACUGGCUGCUCCUUCACUGGGAAACUCUUCCCAUUCUUCAGUCCUCAUAAUAAUGAAGGUGGUAAAAACUCUGCACCUCUGAUCAUUUCUCCUGUUGGAGUAAACUAAUCACUUAUCUUAUUUCAUGUAUUGAUUUAUUUCUAUUCAGGGAAACAAAUACCAUGUGGUUUACAUAUAAAUUUGUACAGUGUGUACUGUGGUAAUUGAUUUACACUUGUUUUUUAUUAUUUGCAUUCCAUUUCACAGUCAACAUGUUAAUUUGAACACCCACUGUUGAACUCUGACAUUUAUUUUCGCUUGAAGAAAUCACUAUUCAUCAAGAGACCACAUAUGUCAAGCUGAAGUCUGAGUCAAUUACGAAAGAAUAC